CGCGUCUGCUUCGAGAUGCGCUUCGAUCCCGAUCGCCUCGACGAGUACGCGAAGCGCCACGAGGCCGUCUGGCCCGAGAUGCAGGACGCGCUAACGCGGUGCGGCUGGCGCAACUACUCGCUCUUCCUGCGCCGCGACGGCCGCGCCGUCGGCUACUUCGAGGCGGAC